AUGCCGUCUUUAUUCCCUGCUUUCACUUCUUUAGUCUUCUUACAUUUUUAUGCAUAUCAAUGUUUUGUCUUUUCUUUUUUAUUUGUUUCUAUUCUUCAGUUUUCAUUUUUCUUGUUGAUUGCCUUUCUCUUUUCUUAUCAAGUCUUUCUUUCUUUCCUUCUUUCUUUCUUUCUUUAUUUUCACAGUUAUUUGUCUUUCUUUCCCAGUUAUUUUUCUUUCUUUGUUCAUCGUUUUUAUUAUUUUGUUCCCCAAUUUUCAACUUAUUUGUUGUUUUCCCUUUUUCUGAUUAAUUCAUUCACUCAUUCUUUCUUUCUUUCUUUCCAGUUAUUUUUCUUUCAUUCUUUUCAUACUUUUAUUUUUCUUUCAUUCUUUUCAUACUUUCUCAUUGCUUUUCUCUUUUCUGAUCAACUCUUUCUUUCUUUCUUUCUUUCUUUCUUUCUUUCUUUCUUUCUUUCUUUCCAUUAUUUUUCUUUCAUUCUUUUCAUACUUUCUCAUUGCUUUUUUUUCUUUUUUCUGAUCAACUCUUUUCUUUCUUUUCUUUCUUUCUUUCUUUCUUUCUUUUCUUUCUUUUCUUUCUUUCUUUCCAUUUUUCUUUUUCUUCUUUUCUUAUUUUUCUUUCAUUCUUUUCAUUCUUUCUCAUUGCUUUUCUCUUUUUCUGAUCAACUCUUUCUUUCUUUCUUUUCUUUUUCUUUCUUUUCUUUCUUUCUUUCUUUCUUUCCAGUUAUUUUUUUUUCUUUUCAUGCAUUCUUUUCUUAUUUUUUUUCAUUCUUUUCAUACUUUCUCAUUGCUUUUCUCUUUUCUGAUCAACUCUUUCUUUCUUUCUUUCUUUCUUUCUUUCUUUCUUUCUUUCUUUCUUUCCAGUUAUUUUUCUUUCAUUCUUUUCAUACUUUCUCAUUGCUUUUCUCUUUUCUGAUCAACUCUUUCUUUCUUUCUUUCUUUCUUUCUUUCUUUUUCUUUCUUUCCAGUUAUUUUUUUUUUUUCUUUUCAUACUUUCUCAUUGCUUUUCUCUUUUCUGAUCAACUCUUUCUUUCUUUCUUUCUUUCUUUCUUUCUUUCUUUCCAGUUAUUUUUCUUUUAUUCUUUUCAUACUUUCUCAUUGCUUUUCUCUUUUCUGAUCAACUCUUUCUUUCUUUCUUUCUUUCUUUUUUCUUUCUUUCUUUCUUUUCUUUUUUUUCAGUUAUUUUUUCCUUUUGAUUCUUUUCAUACUUUCUCAUUUUUUUUUUUUUCUUUUUUCUUUCUUUUUUCUUUCUUUUUUUUCUUUCUUUCUUUCUUUUUUUCCUUCUUUUUUCUUUGCUUUUCUCUUUUUGAUCAACUCUUUCUUUCUUUCUUUCUUUCUUUUAUUUUUUCUUUCUUUCAUUAUUUUCUUUUCAUUCUUUUCAUACUUUCUCAUUGCUUUUUUUUUCUGAUCAACUCUUUCUUUCUUUUUCUUUCUUUCUUUUUCUUUCUUUCUUUCUUUCUUUCUUUCAUUAUUUUUCUUUCAUUCUUUUCAUACUUUCUCAUUGCUUUUCUCUUUUCUGAUCAACUCUUUCUUUCUUUCUUUCUUUCUUUCUUUCUUUCUUUCUUUCCAUUAUUUUUCUUUCAUUCUUUUCAUACUUUCUCAUUUUCUUUUCUCUUUUCUGAUCAACUCUUUCUUUCUUUUCUUUCUUUCUUUCUUUCUUUCUUUCUUUCUUUCUUUCUUUCUUUCUUUCAGUUAUUUUUUCUUUCAUUCUUUUCUUAUUUUUCUUUUUUCAUUCUUUUUUCUUUCUUUCUCAUUGCUUUUCUCUUUUCUGAUCAACUCUUUUCUUUUUCUUCUUUCUUUCUUUCUUUUCUUUCUUUCUUUCCAGUUAUUUUUCUUUCAUUCUUUUCAUACUUUCUGAUUGCUUUUCUCUUUUCUGAUCAACUCUUUCUUUCUUUCUUUCUUUCUUUCUUUUCUUUUUCUUUCUUUCCAGUUAUUUUUCUUUCAUUCUUUUCAUACUUUCUCAUUGCUUUUCUCUUUUCUGAUCAACUCUUUUUUUUUCUUUCUUUCUUUCUUUCUUUCUUUCUUUCUUUCUUUCUUUCCAGUUAUUUUUCUUUCAUUCUUUUUUCAUACUUUCUCAUUGCUUUUCUCUUUUCUGAUCAACUCUUUCUUUCUUUCUUUCUUUCUUUCUUUCUUUUUUCUUUCUUUCUUUCUUUCCAGUUAUUUUUUUUUUUAUUCUUUUCAUACUUUCUCAUUGCUUUUCUCUUUUCUGAUCAACUCUUUCUUUCUUUCUUUUUCUUUCUUUCUUUUUUCUUUCUUUCCAGUUAUUUUUUUCAUUCAUUCUUUUCGUACUUUCUGAUUGCUUUUCUCUUUUCUGAUCAACUCUUUCUUUCUUUUUCUUUCUUUCUUUCUUUCUUUUCUUUCUUUCUUUCCAGUUAUUUUUUUUCAUUCUUUUCGUACUUUCUGAUUGCUUUUCUCUUUUCUGAUCAACUCUUUCUUUCUUUUCUUUCUUUCUUUUUUUUUCUUUCUUUCUUACUUUCCAUUAUUUUUCUUUCAUUCUUUUCAUACUUUCUCAUUGCUUUUCUCUUUUCUGAUCAACUCUUUUUCUUUUCUUUCUUUCUUUCUUUCUUUCUUUUAUUUUUUUUCAUUCUUUAUUUUUCUUUUCAUUCUUUUUUGAUACUUUCUCAUUGCUUUUUUCUCUUUUCUGAUCAACUCUUUUCUUUCUUUCUUUUCUUUCUUUCUUUCUUUCUUUCUUUUCUUUCUUUCUUUCCAUUAUUUUUUCUUUCAUUCUUUUCAUACUUUCUCAUUGCUUUUCUCUUUUCUGAUCAACUCUUUCUUUCUUUCUUUUCUUUUUUCUUUCUUUUUCUUUCUUUCUUUUUUUUUCCAGUUAUUUUUUUUCAUUCUUUUCAUACUUUCUCAUUGCUUUUCUCUUUUCUGAUCAACUCUUUCUUUCUUUCUUUUCUUUCUUUUCUUUUUUCUUUCUUUCUUUCCAUUAUUUUUCUUUCAUUCUUUUCAUACUUUCUCAUUGCUUUUCUCUUUUCUGAUCAACUCUUUCUUUCUUUCUUUCUUUCUUUCUUUCUUUCUUUCUUUCUUUCCAGUUAUUUUUCUUUCAUUCUUUUCUUAUUUUUCUUUCAUUCUUUUCAUACUUUCUCAUUGCUUUUCUCUUUUCUGAUCAACUCUUUCUUUCUUUCUUUCUUUCUUUCUUUCUUUCUUUCUUUCUUUCCAGUUAUUUUUCUUUCAUUCUUUUCAUACUUUCUCAUUGCUUUUCUCUUUUCUGAUCAACUCUUUCUUUCUUUCUUUUUUUUUCUUUCUUUCUUUCUUUCUUUCUUUCCAUUAUUUUUCCUUCAUUCUUUUCAUACUUUCUCAUUGCUUUUCUCUUUUCUGAUCAACUCUUUCUUUCUUUCUUUCUUUCUUUUCUUUCUUUCUUUCUUUCUUUCUUUCUUUCCAGUUAUUUUUCUUUCAUUCUUUUCAUACUUUCUCAUUGCUUUUCUCUUUUCUGAUCAACUCUUUCUUUCUUUCUUUCUUUCUUUCUUUCUUUCUUUCCAGUUAUUUUUCUUUCAUUCUUUUCAUACUUUCUCAUUGCUUUUCUCUUUUCUGAUCAACUCUUUCUUUCUUUCUUUCUUUCUUUCUUUCUUUCUUUCUUUCUUUCUUUCCAGUUAUUUUUCUUUCAUUCUUUUCUUAUUUUUUCUUUCAUUCUUUUCAUACUUUCUCAUUGCUUUUCUCUUUUCUGAUCAACUCUUUUCUUUCUUUUCUUUCUUUCUUUCUUUCUUUCUUUCUUUCCAGUUAUUUUUCUUUCAUUCUUUUCAUACUUUCUCAUUGCUUUUCUCUUUUCUGAUCAACUCUUUCUUUCUUUCUUUCUUUCUUUCUUUCUUUCUUUCUUUCCAGUUAUUUUUCUUUCAUUCUUUUCAUACUUUCUCAUUGCUUUUCUCUUUUCUGAUCAACUCUUUCUUUCUUUCUUUCUUUCUUUCUUUCCAGUUAUUUUUCUUUUAUUCUUUUCAUACUUUCUCAUUGCUUUUCUCUUUUCUGAUCAACUCUUUCUUUCUUUCUUUCUUUCUUUCUUUCUUUCCAGUUAUUUUUCUUUCAUUCUUUUCGUACUUUCUGAUUGCUUUUCUCUUUUCUGAUCAACUCUUUCUUUCUUUCUUUCUUUCUUUCUUUCUUUCUUUCUUUCUUUCCAGUUAUUUUUCUUUCAUUCUUUUCUUAUUUUUCUUUCAUUCUUUUCAUACUUUCUCAUUGCUUUUCUCUUUUCUGAUCAACUCUUUCUUUCUUUCUUUCUUUCUUUCUUUCUUUCUUUCUUUCUUUCCAGUUAUUUUUCUUUCAUUCUUUUCAUACUUUCUCAUUGCUUUUCUCUUUUCUGAUCAACUCUUUCUUUCUUUCUUUCUUUCUUUCUUUCUUUCUUUCUUUCUUUCUUUCUUUCCAGUUAUUUUUCUUUCAUUCUUUUCGUACUUUCUGAUUGCUUUUCUCUUUUCUGAUCAACUCUUUCUUUCUUUCUUUCUUUCUUUCUUUCUUUCUUUCUUUUCUUUCCAGUUAUUUUUCUUUUAUUCUUUUCAUACUUUCUCAUUGCUUUUCUCUUUUCUGAUCAACUCUUUCUUUCUUUCUUUCUUUCUUUCUUUCUUUCCAGUUAUUUUUCUUUCAUUCUUUUCGUACUUUCUGAUUGCUUUUCUCUUUUCUGAUCAACUCUUUCUUUCUUUCUUUCUUUCUUUCUUUCUUUCCAUUAUUUUUCUUUCACUCUUUUCAUACUUUCUCAUUGCUUUUCUCUUUUCUGAUCAACUCUUUCUUUCUUUCUUUCUUUUUUUUUUCUUUCUUUCUUUCUUUUAA